AAGGUCCAGGUUUAUAUGGCAAGGAGUCUUUGCUACGAGUCCAGCUCAUUUGCAACAAUGCCUUGGACAAGAGCGGCCUGUGGUCUCUUCCUGAUCUUGUUUUCUACCCACAUAGCAGCCGUAUCGAUUCAGCAUCUUGUGGAUGGACAUGACCAUGGUGCGGAUGGUGAACAGAAGGAUAUUUCAGAGAUCAACUUAGCUGCAGGCCUGAAUCUCUUCCAAGGGGACAUCCUUCUUCCGAGAACCAGAAAUGCCCUUAGAGACCCAACAAGCAGAUGGAAGUUCCCCAUUCCGUACAUCCUGGCUGACAACCUGGAUCUGAACGCCAAAGGAGCCAUCCUCAAAGCCUUUGAGAUGUUUCGCCUCAAGUCCUGUGUAGACUUCAAGCCCUAUGAAGGAGAGAGCUCGUAUAUCAUCUUCCAGAAAUUUUCUGGGUGCUGGUCUAUGGUUGGUGAUCAACAAGUGGGACAGAACCUUUCUAUUGGUGCGGGCUGUGACUAUAAGGCCAUCAUUGAACAUGAGAUCCUGCAUGCUCUGGGAUUUUACCAUGAGCAGUCAAGGACUGACCGGGAUGAUUAUGUGACCAUCCAUUGGGAUGAGAUUCUUCCAGACUAUGAACACAACUUCAACACUUACGAUGACAACACCAUCACAGACCUCAACACACCCUAUGAUUACGAGUCCGUGAUGCAUUAUGCACCAUUUUCAUUUAACAAGAAUGAAAGCGUCCCGACCAUCACCACCAAGAUCCCCGAGUUUAACAGCAUCAUUGGACAGCGCCUGGAUUUCAGUGCCAUUGACUUAGAGAGGCUGAAUCGAAUGUACAAUUGCACCGCGACCCACACCCUGCUGGACCACUGUGCCUUUGAGAAGACAGACAUCUGUGGAAUGAUUCAGGGAACCAGUAAUGAUGAUGACUGGGUCCGCGAGGACAGCAGUCGGCCUGGACAGGUGGACCACACUUUGGUGGGACGGUGCAAAGGUGCCGGUUACUUCAUGUCCUUCAAUACCAGCUUGGGGGUGGCAGAUGAGGCAGCCCUUCUGGAGUCGCGGAUCCUUUACCCCAAGAGGAAGCAGCAGUGCCUGCAGUUUUUUUAUAAGAUGACAGGAAGCCCCGCAGACAAACUCAGCAUCUGGGUGAGAAGGGAUGACAACGCAGGCAAUGUGCGCACGCUGGAGAAGAUACAGACCUUUCAAGGAGAUUCUGACCACAACUGGAAAAUUGCUCACGUGACACUCACAGAAGAAAAGAAGUUUCGCUACCUCUUCCAGGGCACCAAAGGUGACCCUCAGAACUCAGAUGGGGGUAUUUUCCUGGAUGACGUCACUCUGACAGAAACCCCCUGCCCCACUGGAGUCUGGACCAUACGGAACAUCAACCAGAUCCUUGAAAACACGGAGAAAGGGCAAGCACUCUUGAGCCCUAGGUUCUACAGUUCUGAAGGCUACGGUAUAGGGGUGACCCUGUACCCCAAUGGUAGAGUCACAAGUAAUCCUGGCUAUCUGGGACUCUCGUUCCACUUGUACAGUGGGGAGAACGAUGCAAUUCUGGAGUGGCCAGUGGAAAAUAGACAGGCCAUAAUGACCAUACUGGACCAGGACCCUGAUGUCCAGAAGAGGAUGUCCUUAACCUUGAUGUUCACAACCUCCAAGAGCCAAACAUCUUCAGCUAUAAAUGGCUCUGUCAUCUGGGACAGGCCGUCCCUGGUAGGAGUCUAUAAUGACACCUGUGACUGUUAUAGAAGCAUUGACUGGGGCUGGGGCCAGGCCAUCUCCCACGAGCUGCUGAGGAGGAGACGCUUCCUGAAGGACGACACCCUCAUCAUCUUCGUAGACUUUGAAGAUCUCACUCACCUGAGUCAGACUGAAGUUCCAGUUUCAGCCGAAAGUGUGGUCUCCCGAGGCCUCCUUCUCCAAGGUCAGGAGCCUCCUGUCUUGAGAGAAAGCGCUGGAAGAGCUUUGUUGGAGAAAGCCCUGCCAAGCAGCCUGGACCAGGGACAACCCAGCCGACAGAAGCGCUCAGUGAAGAAUACUGGCCCCAUGGAGGAUCACAACUGGCCGCAGUACUUCAGAGAUCCCUGCGACCCAAAUCCAUGUCAGAAUGAAGGCAUCUGUGUGAACGUGAAGGGCAUGGCCAGCUGCAGGUGCGUCUCUGGACAUGCCUUUUUCUACACGGGCGAGCGCUGCCAGGCCAUGCAAGUACAUGGCAGCGUGCUGGGCCUGGUCAUUGGUGGCAUCACUGGCUUGAUCUUCUUGACCUUUGUCACCUUUACCAACACGUACCAAAAGCUGAUACAGUGAGCAUAUCCCUGUUGCUGAUGCCCACCAGAACGCGGAGGUGUGUCCUCCACCAAGACUUCCUUCCUGUGGUCAGUGUACUUUGGGAUCUUGUUUUAUCAAGCAUUGUGAAAGGGGUCCCAACACCAAAGCCGCUGGCCGCGCCUGCAGUUCUUACUCUUUCGUCUCUGUGCAGCUGUGUUAGCCUUCUGUGAAUUCCUGCUGAACCCUUAUGUCCUGAGACAGCGGCCAUCACAUUUCAUUAUAAAUCUUUUGCUGACUUGACUCUCUCCCCUUUGACCACAAGCUCUAGUCAGACAGGGGCCUGUUGUCAUAGGCUAGCACGCUGGCCCCGGUGCUAUAAACAUACUUGGUGGCUGUGUUGUGGAUGCUCAGUGAGUAUGAAAUGAACGAACCAACAAGCGAGUGAGUAGCUGUGGCUCUGUAGUCAUUUGUUUCUAUUUCUAUUCCAGAUCAUAAAGAGAUGUAUUUAGAUUUAAAUACAGCACAGAUCAUUAAACGAUUAACUAGAUCAUAAAUCUAAAUGCAGGUGCUUUAAAGCAAAUAGCUUUCACCACAUGAAGUCGUCUUCUUGCUCCUUUUGUAUCCUGUGAAAUGACUGCCAAGAUUCCUCUGUACUUUCUUCUGCUCUGGUUUUAAAAAGGCUUAAUAAAUCCAAUAAAGAUGGA